UCUCUGCGCACAGGAAGUGCACGCUCGGGCUGCUGUGCUCGGUGUGUUUGCGUGUUUGUGUUUUUAAAGUUGAUAUAAUGUCCAGAAUCUGCGCAGAGAAGCUGGUCAGUCUGUACGGCCGGUACCGGGACUAUGUGACGCGGCACCCCGGCGCAGCGGCGCAGGCGGAGAGCGCCGUGCGGACCCUGUCUUACCUGAUAGCAGGUCGCUUUUCAGACUCUCAUGAACUUUCAGAGCUGGUGUAUUCGGCCUCCAACUUGUUGGUGCUGCUAAACGAUGGCAUUCUAAGGAAGGGGCUGUCUAGGACACUGCCGGUGUCUCUCUCCCAGCAGAGGCUUUUGACAUGGCUGUCUGUGCUGGAGUAUGUGGAAGUCUUCACAGAAAUGGGGGCCACCAAGUUGUGGGGGGAGACUGGACGCUGGCUCGUCAUUGUGCUUAUUCAGAUUGCAAAAGCCAUCCUCCGCCUCCUGCUGCUCUUCUGGUAUAAGUCAGGCAUCCAGACUUCACCUCCCAUAAUUCCACUGGACAGAGACUCACAGCUGUAUAACAAUGACCAGGAUGGUCAGGAGGUAGAGGAGGAUGCCACUUUCAUAGGACAGCGCUCAGGAAGAGUGAUGCGACCCUUGGGAAGUGCGCCUUCACUACAUGCUCGCCUGUGGGGUGUUCCUAACAGAGAGAGGAAAAGGAGGCAUCAGGAGGAGGAGCUGCAGUCCAGUCCCACCCCUCUGGGUCUGCAGGAGACUAUUGCAGAGUCGCUGUACAUCUCUCGACCUCUCGUGCACUUGGCCUGUCUGGGGCUGUGUGGCAGACGGUCCUGGAAGCCUUGGCUCAUCUCUGGUCUGCUGGAGAUAACCAGUUUCAGUCUGUUGAGUGACACCACAAAGCCGCUGAACCACAGAGAGAAGGCGGAGAUGAGGAGAAGAGCCUUCCUCCUUCUGUACUACCUGCUCCGCUCACCUUUCUAUGACAGAUACUCUGAAACGAAGAUCCUUUUCCUUCUCCGUUUCUUGGCCGACUACGUUCCCGGAGUUGGCUUGGUUGCACGGCCACUGAUGGAAUACCUACCUAUCUGGCAGAAGAUCUACUUUUAUAACUGGGGCUGAUGUUGAAGAGCAAACGCUGAAGGUCAUGAGGACCAGCCCACAUGCAGGAGCCCUUAACUCUGCUUAAAAGCCACAUACCUGUGCCAGAACAUCACUGCGAUAAUCUGAGUGCUGAAAAUAAGGUGCAGCCGCUGUGGAAGGCAGAUUGUGCUCCACUCUGCUUGGUGACUGGGUACACAAUUGUUUCGGUUUGCUUAGCAAGUAUGAUUGAAUGACCAUUUUCCAGAAAUUGCACUGAUAUUGAUCCAGUAAAUAAUUAUUCUCUUUUGC